UUGCGAUCCAGCUCGACAGUGUUGAAAGGAUACGUGAUUUUUUGGUUUUGUGACGUCACUAUGCAAUCAGUUUGAGGUGUUCCUGGCCUUUAUUUUCCCACAACCAUCGACACUCGCGCCUCAGGGUUACAGGUCGACUGUUGACUGUUUAGGCGCGGCCAUGUUUCUCCGCCCUGUGCUGCUCGCGCCGGUCGCCGGCGCCGCGCGCGCCCGGCUGCUGCCGCGCGCCGCCUCCUCCGUCGCCACCACGGAGCUCAGCGUCGAUUACCUGCUCGGCGAGAGCACCGGCAUCGUGGCCAUCUCGAUGAACCGGCCGGCGGCCAAGAACGCCAUCAGCCGCAACAUGCUGUCGGCGAUGGCGGAGGCGGUGGAGAGCGUGCAGUUCGACCGGACUGUACGCGCCGUCAUCAUCCGCAGUCUGGUGCCAGGUGCCUUCUGCGCCGGCGCCGACCUCAAGGAGCGCGCGCGCAUGAAGCCGCACGAGGUGGGGCCGUUCGUGUCGCGCGCGCGCGGGCUCAUGUCCCAGCUGGAGGCGCUGCCGAUGCCGGUGAUCGCGGCGCUGGACGGCGUGGCGCUGGGCGGCGGCCUGGAGAUGGCGCUGGCGUGCGACCUGCGCGUGGCGGCGGCGCCGGCCAAGCUCGGCUUGGUGGAGACGCGGCUGGCCAUCAUCCCGGGCGCGGGCGGCACGCAGCGGCUGCCGCGCCUGGUGGGCGCCGCGCGCGCCAAGGAGCUCAUGUUCACUGCCGAGGUGCUGGACGGCGAGCAGGCGGCCGCUAUCGGCCUGGUGGAGCACGUGGUGCCGCAGACGGAGGCUGGCGACGCCGCCUACCAGCGCGCUGUGCAGCUGGCGCGGCGCAUCGUGCCCAACGGCCCGGUCGGCGUGCGCAUGGUGAAGCGGGCCGUCAACAUGGGCAUGCAGACUGACCUGGCCACGGCGCUGGCCAUCGAGGAGGCCUGCUACGCGCAGGUCAUCCCCACCAAGGACCGCGUCGAGGGGCUCACCGCCUUCAAGGAGAAGCGUGUGCCCAACUACACGGGCGAGUAACGCGCGGGGACGCGAAGACGGGCGGGGUGGUGACUCGCCGCGGUCGGCGGCUGCGUGACGCUCCCGGCUGUGCAUGGGGUGGAGGCUGAGAGCGAGCCGCGAAACACUCAAUGAAACAAUUACAAGAAAGAAGCCGCUUUGGCGUCGCGAAGCCGCUGUUUAAGCGGUACGGGUCGUGUGAGCGCACGAGGUUGUUGAAGAAUAGUCGCAUGAGCCUCCCGUUUGAUAACUUGCAAUAUGACAACGGCGUUGUGACGUCGAAGGAGUGUUUCUAAACACGUCAGUGGUACGGAUCCUGUCGCCUGCCGCCCGGUUCGCUUGGCGGGUGUGCUGAGACGUCUGGUGGUGGGCAGGGGCGCGGCGGUGUGUGCUCGGGCCGCCCCCACGAUGGUGACGCGUGUGAUCAAACGCCCCCCCCCCCCCCC